GGGUAGAUCUUCUUUGUGUUUCGACUUGUCCUGACGUCCUGAGUCCUGAAUUUCUGGAUUCUGGAUCAUUCAACGUCCAUUUUGCAAGUGUUGUGCAUCAAACUUCCAACUACCUGUUGUGUUAACAAUAGUAUUGCUAAUUGCCAUUACCACCUAGUUGGUAUUGUUUGGAGUCAUAAUGUCGGUGGUUUUCCGAGCCACUUUACUGUGGAACGAAGUUGUAACUGAUUUCGAAUCCAACAUGCGUCUCAAAAGGCACAGGUUUUUGAUGAAAUCAUAUCCAAACAGCUUCACUGGCAGAGAAGCCGUCAAAUUCCUUCUGAAACGUUUAUUGCAAAACGAGCUGUUUGGCCCAAAUAUAAACAGCAUGAAGGUAAAACUCCUGCUCGACAAGAUGUUCUGGGCGGGCGUUUUUGAACAUUGUGUUAGACCGAUGCCACAAUUUCGCUCAAAAGGAAUUUAUAGAUUUUGUCGGAAAUUGCCGGUACUGUCCUACACCCAGUCAUCAGAGGACGAAAAGCUUGAGAAAAGAAAACCCAUUAAAGGCAUCCGACAAUUUCAAAAACAGAGUAUAGAGGGUGAAUUGAUCCUUGAGGAAAUGUCCAGUAUUUACAGCAGCAACGUUCACGUAGACGAAAAUUUGCACAUUGUAUCAACUUCCACAUCUGGCCCAUGCUCUUUGAAAGAAGGUGACAAUUGCGUUGCAAUUGAGUACAGUGAAUAUUGCGAACAACUGAUGAUCAGUUUUCAGUUCAACAGAGACGUGUGGAGAAAUAAGAUCAUUAACAGAAUGAGGGAUGUGUUGGGACCAUCAUCGGAAAGAUUGCUGAAAACUCUGUGCAUGAGGAAUUCGAUAUGGGUGAGCUUGAAUGCGAGCCUCAUUAUGCGCACAUUUGAUCGCAGAAACAAUUUUCCAUUGGUCGAUGAAUGUCUUCUUGCGCUCGGAUUUUAUGGUUUUGAAAGCGAGAAUGACGCUGCGUUGUAUGCGAAUUAUCCUCUAGAUAUAACGCAAUUCCUGUGCAACAUUCUGCUGCAGCGCUAUCAAGAGGCGAGCAUUCUCUCGGAAUUGGGCGUAAUCAUGGUGUAUAUCUACUGCUUUCUGAGUGAGUUCGAUGGAGAGCGCAAGGUAGAAGAUGAGAGGUUGCCGCUUGAGAUAGCUGCCUAUAACGAAGAACUAGAAAAGCAGGCUAGUGAAAUGAGUGAGAAUAAGUCUGAAGAAGACUGGGAUCCGGAAGUUGAGCAGGACGAAGCGAUUCAGGACGCAAAGCAGUAUCUGUGGCAUUUGACAACGCCCACCAGAGUGGUGAGGGGUGAUCGUCAGCGGGUGCGUGGUGCUGGUGUGCCAAGUUGUGGUGCCAAUGUUGUUCUGGAGACUGCUUUCUUCUGUCAGAGUCCCGUCACUCGAGUGGUUGAUGACAAACAUGCGCGCUGCUCCCAUUCUCGUUGCGUGUAUGAUGACGACGACGAGCAGCUCAUCAAAAUCCAGAAAUUGCUCGAGACUAUAAUGGUCAUGGCCAAGGACUUUCGACCUGAAGAUUUUCUUCAUUCUUACAAGUUGAAAGCGCUAUUUGCCAACAUGUGCAAUAGGAGAUCAGCAAAAAAGUGGCUGAAUGAAGUUAAAACGUUUGCAAUCCACCUGUACCGACUGGCAUUCCUGUUCCUUGAGCCAGAGGACUAUUACUUGCUAGAAGCGACUCUCUAUGUUCUAGAAAAGAUGAAUCCACGUAAACAAUUCAGUGUGGUUGUGAAUAAGUUAUACGAAAGUACUUGGACCCUAGUAUUCGGGGACAAGAACGAUGGGUUCGUUUACAAAGAAAUGAUGACAUUGUUCAUCAAGAAUCGGGAAGAACUAUUCAAGCCGUUUGAUCUAGACCAGAUUUUGGGACCGGAGAGCGUAUCCUUUUUCAAGGCAAAUACGAAUAAAAAGGUAGCACCGCUUACACCAAAGCCCAAGCUGAACCCAGCCAGAACGCCUCUUGCCGAGAAAAAUGAAAGAACAGACAUGAGAUCAAUGCUUGCCAGUGAUUUCACUAGCAGAUCAUCGUUUCCAGACGUGGCUAAAAAUUUCCCUCACAGGAGCUGGACAGAGCCUUCGAUUGAGCGGGCCUUUCACCAAAUGAGGAUUGAAAGCCGCGAUUUGGAUGUUGAGGUCAAGCCCAGGAAAAUAGUCAAGUGCAAGGAUAAGGAGACACAGACAGCUCGAAAGUAGGCUGCUUUCCAUUUCUACAGCGGCAUUACUAUUUCCUUCUACUUAUUAUUUUCUACUCACCCUUUGCACUUAAUAAAUAUAGCUGGUACUCAUAAUAUUUGUUUAUUAAUACAAACUUGUGUGAAGCAAAAAAUCAGGUAUCCAUUUUGCUUCCAUAAAAAAAGGAAAAUCAACUAUUUAAUAUACAAGGCUAUUCUAAAUUAUUAUGGACUCAUUUUUUAAAAUUAAUAGCUCAUUUAGUAUGGCAAUUUUGUGUAAGUACUUGGCCUGUAUACACGAUAUUCAUAGGAAAUGUACUAUUUCUUAUCCAGCAAAAGUAAAACAAAAGUUGUUUUUCUCAAAAGUGUAUUAUUGUAACUACUGUUACGACCUGAUGACAUUGUAUUCAAGACGAACCUCUAAAUUAGGAUUUUGCUAGGCUUGGAAAAAUGUUAUUAUCCUUGAGAAACUAUUAUGCUGUUCAAUAAUUUGAGAUUGAAAAUGUCUAAAAGUACCUUUGUGGCAUACAGAACAACACUAUCAUAAUACUAAAAUAAUAGUAAACAAUUUUUUACGGGAUAGGUUCAUGGCAUGCGCAUGUGUGCUGAUUUAUAGUAGUGUAUGUAAAUAAAGUUAUUGUAGGCUUGAUUGUUAUUUUCUCUGACAGUUAGAAGACCUAGUUGUUUCUCAAGUCGGUUUCACUUUUGUAAAUAUCAAAAUUAUAGAAGAAUUUUUGCUGCUGAUUUUUUUUCAAAUGAUGACUAUUGAGUAGUUCGAUAACUGGAUGUGAAUAUUUUUUUAGGUUUAGCGUUUUGAUGAUCAAUAUAUAGUAUUUUAUCUGGAUGUGAAUGAUGAGUUCAAAAAUGAGUUUUGUAACUGGAACUGGAUCAAAAUAAUUGUUAUGGAUUCCAGUUUAAUGAUACACAUAUUGCAAUAUUCUACGUAAUAAUAGUUUUGUGACUGGAUGUAAAUAAUUGUUCUGGAUUCCAGUUUAAUGAUACACAUAUUGCAAUAUUCUAUGUAAUAAUAGUUUUGUGACUGGAUGUAAAUAAUUGUUCUGGAUCUGAAUUUGAUGAUCAGAUUAUAUCAGUUUUGAGAAAGGAUGUGAAUGAUUGGUUCGCAACUGAAUUUUGUAAUUGGAUAAAGCCUAAAUAAUUGUUCUGGAGUUGAAUUUAGUGAUCAGAUGUAGUAUAUAGUAUUUUGUGUGUGGAUGUGAAUGUUGGGUCACAACUGAGUUUUGUAAUUGGAUGUCAAUAAUUGUUUGUAACUGAGUUUGAUGAGGAGUUUGAGUUGCGUCCUUGAAUAAACUUUGUACUGAGAUUUAAAAUUGUAUGACACAUCUCUGCUUAACUUAUAAUCCAGUUGUUGCUCAUUUUAAAAUCAUGAUCUAGUUAUUAUUUUUCAUAAAUGCAUAGUCUAGAUCUUGAUUGUAGAGAACUGUAAAUAUUGUUGAUUAGACAAUCUAUAACUAUACAUUGCAGUAAUGCCAAAGAUUGUAAGAGUGUCUCUUGGAGUUUUAUUUUGUAGUUUAGCUAUAAUUAGUUUAAUUUUGUUUUUAAAUUCUCAAAUUUAUAAUAUGUUGGAGAUUAGGGAGAAAUGGUGAAGCCUUCAUCCAAAUUUUCUUAUAGUUGGAGUCGCUCUUUGUCAUCUCGUUUUUAAAUUAUAUAUAUAUAUAUAUAUAUAUUAUAUAUAUAUAUAUAUAUAUAUAUAUAUAUAUAAUAUAUAUAUAUAUAAUAUUCGUGUGCAGUAAAUUUUUUUGUAGCUUUAUUCCCCAUUAUAUACUCUUUGGCAAAUAAAAAAGAGUUUGAUGUUGUGAUAAAUGUUGAAUGUUUAAAUGUUAUGAAAUCUUCAACUUGAUUACAUUAUAGUAUUCAAGUUCUAUGUAUCCACUUAUUCUUCCAUCUUCUUAUUUACCAAUUAUAACAUUCCUGAGUAAACUUUCAUAACUUCUUGUUGUACUUGAAUAUUUCUAUAGUCAUUCAAGUGUUAAAAAUGUGCAACUGUAACUUUGUAACCUAUAUAACGAGUUUUUUUAUAUUUUCAAUGAAACUUUUUUGUUAUCAUGAAUCAAUUUUUCCAAUCCUUAUAAUAGUGAUCAGAUCUUUUUUUGAACACUUCUAUCUUCAUAAUUCUCAGUUGCUCAUUAUCCGAGAAGGUAGCUAUUAGAAUAUUUUGUAAUGUAAUUCAAUUGAAUAUAAGGUUAUCCUCUUUUCUACCUACUCUCCACUAAGUCUGAUUUUCUGUAGUGAAGUGACGUUAGCGUGAAUAAUAUCAUUCCAUUUUUACCAGUAUUUUAAGAGUCAAAUCAAAAAGUAUUUUUGAAAGUAUUGUAUUCAAAUAUAGCAAAUAAGCUGACAGUCCGGCUUCUUAUGGCUCAAAAACAGGGUUUCGUGGGCACUUCGUGAAGAUGGAAACAGAUCCAAAUAUUCUGAUUCUAGGGUACCUCAGGAUAUCAGACUUGAAAAUGGUAUCUGUACCUUCAAGGAUUAUUGAGAUACACGGUUUUCUAAUUGUCAGGUUUAGCAUAGGCCCAAUAUGGAGGGAAAAAUGUAACUUUGGCUGCAAACCAUACUUUUCUAUCUUUUUCCAAUGACGCUCCAGAAGUGAAAAAUGGACUUACAGCCCUCAACCAGAUGUCAUUUUAAACCUUUGGGAAUAUUCUACAACACAGUCUCAGUAAUAGUAGGUUAUGUUCACUGUGAAUACAUUUACAGAGUGGAAAGUGAAAUUUCGUCCCCGAGGAUUGUAUGUUUCAAGUUUUUGAAACUAAAUUAAUCAUGGAAAGAGUAAUUAAAAUGAGAUUAAUAUCUAGAACAUUAUAUUUUGGGUAGUUAUGAACACUUUGAUGGUAGAAUCAAUCCGAUAUCUCUCACUAUAACUGAAUAGAAAUCGAUAUAAAAGAAUUUAUCAGUUAUGACCGCCAUCUUGAAUUCAUCAAUUAUGAAAAAUAUAUUCGUUGCUUUCUCAUCAAUAUUCUUAUUCGGCUGGUUGUAACAAAGAGAUUGAGACCAUUUUCAAGUCUUUAUAAUGAAGUAGUCGUGAAAAAAUCGAUUUUAUAGUUCAGUUUUAAUGAUAGUUAAUUGUCUCAGCGGCUAGAAUGACAUCAUAAAAAAAUCAUAACUCCAGAGCAAAAGGAGAUA